CCGGCCUGGAAGCUGGAGGUCAGCGGCGGCGCGGCGGGCCCCCUCCCACGGGAGCCGCGCCAGGUCCCAGCAAGGGCCGGGCGGGAUCGCUAUUGUUUUUGGCGAGCACAUAAAGCCCCGUGCCGACCCUCUGCGCACCCAGGUUUCCUCCCGGAGGCCAUUCGGUUUCCUCUGAGGCCCUAUAUAGAGGCUCUGGGCCCAGGCUGAGGAGAGGUGCGCUCCCGCUCCGGCCUCCCGGACGAGCCUGGGCUCGGAGCGCUUCUCGCCCCCAGGUCUCCGCAGCCCGAGGCGUCAGGGAGGGAGGCGCCCCCGAGUCUCCCCUCCCGCGAGAGGGGCCGCGCGGGCCGGGCCGGGCGGAACAGUGGCGGCGGCGGCCGCAGGAGCCGAGCCUGCAGCGAGGGACCGGCUGAGGCGCGCGGGAGGGAAGGAGGCGAGGGCUCCGCGGCGCUGCCGGUGCCGCCGCCGCCGCCGCUGCCGCCGCUCGCGGGGCAGAGAUGGCGGCGGAGCGGGGAGCCCGGCGACUCCUCCGCACCUCCUCCUUCUGGCUCUGCUGCCUGCUGCUGCUCGGGCGCCCGGCGCCCGCCGCGGCAGCCAGGAGCGGCUCCCCGCCGCAGUCCCCAGGAUCCAGCAUUCGAACAUUCACUCCAUUUUAUUUUCUGGUGGAGCCAGUGGAUACGCUCUCAGUUAGAGGCUCUUCUGUUAUAUUGAACUGUUCAGCAUAUUCUGAACCUUCUCCAAAAAUUGAAUGGAAAAAAGAUGGAACUUUUUUAAACUUAGUAUCAGAUGACCGACGCCAGCUUCUCUCAGAUGGGUCUUUAUUUAUCAGCAGUGUGGUGCAUUCCAAACACAAUAAACCUGACGAAGGUUAUUAUCAGUGUGUGGCCACUGUUGAGAGUCUUGGAACUAUUGUCAGCAGAACAGCCAAGCUCACAGUAGCAGGUCUUCCAAGAUUUGCCAGCCAACCAGAACCUUCUUCAGUUUAUGCUGGGAACAUUGCAAUUCUGAAUUGUGAAGUUAAUGUAGAUUUGGUCCCGUUUGUGAGGUGGGAACAGAACAGACAGCCUCUUCUUCUGGAUGAUAGAGUUAUCAAACUUCCAAGUGGAACACUGGUUAUCAGCAACGCUACUGAAGGAGAUGGGGGACUUUAUCGCUGCAUAGUUGAAAGUGGUGGGCCACCAAAGUAUAGCGAUGAAGCUGAAUUGAAAGUUCUUCCAGAUCCUGAAUUCACUUCAAACUUGGUAUUUUUGAAAGAGCCUUCUUCCUUAGUCAGAGUCAUUGGUCAGAGUGCAGUGUUGCCGUGUGUUGCUUCAGGACUUCCUACUCCAACCAUUAGAUGGAUGAAAAAUGAGGAGGCGCUUGACACAGAAAGCUCUGAAAAAUUGGUGUUGCUGGCAGGUGGUAGUCUGGAGAUCAGUGAUGUUACUGAGGAUGAUGCGGGGACUUAUUUUUGUAUAGCUGAUAAUGGAAAUGAGACAAUUGAAGCUCAAGCAGAGUUUACAGUACAAGCCCAACCUGAAUUCCUGAAACAGCCUACUAAUAUAUAUGCUCACGAAUCAAUGGAUAUUGUAUUUGAAUGUGAAGUGACUGGGAAACCAACUCCAACUGUGAAGUGGGUCAAGAAUGGGGAUAUGGUUAUUCCAAGUGAUUACUUUAAGAUUGUAAAGGAACAUAAUCUUCAAGUUUUGGGUCUGGUGAAAUCAGAUGAAGGGUUCUAUCAAUGCAUUGCUGAGAAUGAUGUUGGAAAUGCACAAGCUGGAGCCCAACUGAUAAUCCUUGAACAUGAUGUUGCCAUCCCAACAUUACCUCCCACUUCACUGACCAGUGCCACUACUGACCAUCUAGCACCAGCCACAGCGGGACCACUGCCUUCAGCUCCUCGGGAUGUCGUGGCCUCCCUGGUCUCUACCCGCUUCAUCAAACUGACGUGGCGCACACCUGCAUCAGAUCCUCAUGGAGACAACCUUACCUACUCUGUCUUCUACACCAAAGAGGGGAUUGCUAGGGAACGUGUUGAGAAUACCAGUCGCCCAGGAGAAAUGCAGGUAACCAUUCAAAACCUAAUGCCGGCGACUGUGUACAUCUUUAGAGUUCUGGCUCAAAAUAAACAUGGCUCCGGAGAGAGUUCAGCUCCACUCCGAGUAGAAACACAGCCUGAGGUUCAGCUCCCUGGCCCAGCACCUAACAUCCGAGCAUAUGCAGCUUCACCUACUUCCAUCACUGUCACCUGGGAAACACCAUUGUCUGGCAAUGGGGAAAUUCAGAAUUACAAAUUGUACUACAUGGAAAAAGGGACUGAUAAAGAACAGGAUGUUGAUGUUUCAAGUCACUCCCAUACCAUUAAUGGGUUGAAAAAAUACACAGAGUAUAGUUUCCGAGUGGUGGCUUACAACAAACAUGGUCCUGGAGUCUCCACACAAGAUGUUGCUGUUCGAACGUUGUCAGAUGUUCCCAGUGCUGCUCCUCAGAAUCUGUCCUUAGAAGUAAGAAAUUCAAAGAGUAUUGUGAUUCACUGGCAGCCACCUCCUCCAGCCACACAAAAUGGUCAGAUUACUGGCUACAAGAUUCGCUACCGAAAGGCCUCCCGAAAGAGUGAUGUCACUGAGACCUUGGUAACUGGGACACAGUUGUCUCAUCUGAUUGAAGGUCUUGAUCGGGGGACUGAGUAUAAUUUCCGAGUGGCUGCUCUAACAGUCAACGGCACAGGCCCGGCUACCGACUGGCUGUCUGCUGAAACUUUUGAAAGUGACUUAGAUGAAACUCGUGUUCCUGAAGUGCCUAGUUCUCUUCAUGUCCGGCCACUGGUUACUAGUAUUGUAGUAAGCUGGACUCCUCCAGAGAAUCAGAACAUUGUGGUCAGAGGUUAUGCCAUUGGUUAUGGCAUUGGCAGCCCUCAUGCCCAGACCAUCAAAGUGGACUAUAAACAGCGCUAUUAUACCAUCGAAAAUCUGGAUCCCAGCUCUCACUAUGUGAUAACCCUGAAAGCCUUUAACAACGUGGGUGAGGGCAUCCCCUUGUAUGAGAGCGCCGUGACCAGACCUCACACAGACACUUCUGAAGUUGAUUUAUUUGUUAUUAAUGCUCCAUACACUCCAGUGCCAGAUCCCACUCCCAUGAUGCCACCUGUGGGAGUUCAGGCUUCCAUUCUGAGUCAUGACACCAUAAGGAUCACAUGGGCGGACAACUCACUGCCCAAACACCAGAAGAUUACAGAUUCCCGGUAUUACACAGUCCGAUGGAAAACCAACAUCCCAGCAAACACCAAGUACAAGAAUGCAAAUGCAACAACUUUAAGUUACUUGGUGACUGGUUUAAAAGCAAAUACACUGUAUGAAUUCUCUGUGAUGGUGACCAAAGGUCGAAGAUCAAGCACGUGGAGUAUGACAGCCCAUGGGACCACCUUUGAAUUUGUUCCUACUUCUCCACCCAAGGAUGUGACAGUUGUGAGUAAAGAGGGAAAACCUAGGACGAUAAUUGUAAAUUGGCAACCUCCCUCAGAAGCCAAUGGCAAAAUUACGGGUUAUAUCAUAUAUUAUAGUACGGAUGUGAAUGCGGAGAUACACGACUGGGUUAUUGAGCCUGUUGUGGGAAACAGGUUGACUCACCAGAUACAAGAGUUAACACUUGACACACCGUACUACUUCAAAAUCCAAGCCCGAAACUCAAAGGGCAUGGGGCCCAUGUCUGAAGCUGUCCAAUUCAGAACACCUAAAGCCUCAGGUUCUGCAGGAAAAGGAAGCCGGCUGCCAGACCUAGGAUCUGACUACAAACCUCCGAUGAGUGGUAGUAACAGCCCACAUGGAAGCCCCACCUCUCCCCUGGACAGUAGCAUGCUGCUGGUCAUCAUUGUUUCGGUUGGCGUCGUCACCAUUGUGGUGGUUGUGGUCAUCGCUGUCUUUUGCACCAGGCGCACCACCUCUCACCAGAAAAAGAAACGAGCUGCUUGCAAAUCAGUGAAUGGCUCCCACAAGUACAAAGGGAACUCCAAAGAUGUCAAACCCCCGGACCUCUGGAUCCAUCAUGAGAGACUGGAGCUGAAACCCAUCGAUAAAUCUCCAGACCCAAACCCCAUCAUGACUGAUACUCCAAUUCCUCGUAACUCUCAAGAUAUCACACCAGUUGACAAUUCCAUGGACAGCAACAUCCAUCAAAGGCGGAAUUCAUAUAGAGGGCAUGAAUCAGAGGACAGCAUGUCUACACUGGCUGGAAGGCGGGGAAUGAGACCAAAAAUGAUGAUGCCCUUUGACUCCCAGCCACCCCAGCCUGUGAUUAGUGCCCAUCCCAUCCAUCCCCUCGAUAACCCUCACCAUCAUUUCCACUCCAGCAGCCUCGCUUCUCCAGCUCGCAGUCAUCUCUACCACCCGGGCAGCCCGUGGCCCGUUGGCACAUCCCUGUCCCUUUCAGACAGGGCCAAUUCCACAGAAUCUGUUCGAAAUACCCCCAGCACUGACACCAUGCCAGCCUCCUCGUCUCAAACAUGCUGUACUGAUCACCAGGAUCCUGAAGGUGCUACCAGUUCCUCUUACUUGGCCAGCUCCCAAGAGGAAGAUUCAGGCCAGAGUCUUCCUACAGCCCACGUGCGCCCUUCCCACCCAUUGAAGAGCUUUGCUGUGCCGGCAGUCCCGCCCCCAGGCCCUCCCACCUAUGACCCCGCGCUGCCAAGCACCCCAUUACUCUCCCAGCAAGCUCUGAACCAUCACAUUCACUCGGUGAAGACGGCCUCCAUUGGGACUUUAGGAAGGAGCCGGCCUCCUAUGCCAGUGGUGGUGCCCAGUGCCCCUGACGUGCAGGAGACCACAAGGAUGCUGGAAGACUCUGAGAGUAGCUACGAACCAGAUGAGCUGACCAAAGAGAUGGCCCACCUGGAAGGACUAAUGAAGGACCUAAACGCCAUCACGACAGCAUGAGACCUUCCCCAGGACCUGACUGCAGACCUGGGUCUAGAAGUCUUGGGACAGAGCCUGGAAAGCAAGGAUUGUACAGAGCACGCGAGGACAGCACUUGAGAACACAGAGCGAGCGAGCCAACCAGCCGGCGCCCCUGCAUGGGGCCGGCUCCAGGCACGGCCACCUGCCUUCUCCUGGUCGGCCUGGAAGAAGCCCAUGUCAAGGCGGCUUCCCUUUGCCUGCUGAUACCCUGCAGGACUGGGCACCAUGGGCCAAGAUUUUGUGUCCGGGGAAGAGGCAAGAAGUGCACCCUACAUUUCACUUUGUGGCCAGGCUGUGUCUUCGUGCUGCGACUGCAUCGCCUUUAUGGAGUGUAGACAUUGGCAUUUACGUACAAUUUUGUGUCCUAUUUUAUUUUACCUUCGAAAGGAAAACACUAUCAAAAACCAAGGGAGUCCAUGGUGUUCUCCACAAGUGGUUGACAUUUGACUACUUGUUUGAAUUCUGUAUGGAAAGUCAUUGACAGUGUGGGUUAUCCCAGGGGUUGGUUUGUUUUUUGUUUUUACUUUUGAAUUCUGAGUCAUUGCAUCCUCUACCAGCUGUUAAUCCACCACUUUGAGGGGGGAGGAAAUGUUGCAUUGCUGUUUGUAAGCUUUUUUAUUAUUUUUUUAUUAUAAUUAUUAAAGGCCUGACUUUCUCCUCUCAUCACUGUGAGAUCACAGAUCUAUUUGAAUGAAAUGUAACAUUGAAAAGA